ACCAAAACAUUUCCCUCUCUUAUAAAUGGUGUUCUGUGUAAACAAAAAAUAAACGAUCACAGAUAAAAGAUCCUUAAAUUGCUGUAUUAUAACAAGAGCGCAUAGAGCAUCCCUGUUGGCUUGGCGUCAGGGCAGUAUGAUGUAGUGUGUGUGUGUGUGUGUGUGUGUGUAUGUGUUUAGUAGACUGACAGAUCUGACAGGACUUCUUUAAAGUGGCCCAGCUGAUCCCAAAUCCUCUCCCUGACAUCCAGCACCUCAUGCCUGGGCUGUGAAUGAUCGAUUCCCUCUGUUGUUGGUCCUCUGAACUGUUUUGAGUUAUUAUACAUUUUGUCUCAGACCAAUGCCCUGUUAGACUGAGAGUCUGUGCCACCUUCAGCUGAUAUUUCUGCCUGUUCCAGCUUUUAUUCAUCUGUGAUCUUCUUAUUGUUGCCUGAAUGGUGUUGGGUCUCUGCCUAAAUAUGUGUCUCUCUCUUGUUUUUUCUCUGUCUGUCUCUGACCUGGUUUAUUGACUGGGGGAGUGCUGGCUAUGGCUGAAGCCAUGAGCUGCACCGAGCUCCACAACAUGACCAAAGCCUUUGCACUGCAGAACUUCCCCGAGCUCCGUGAAAUGGCGAUGUGGCGCAACGUCGAGCUUCUCACCAACAAGGAUACCAACACUGUCUGUCUUGGCGUUUUGUCAAGGGAGGAGAAUGGGAGCAGCUUGUACCAGGUGGACACACUGGUCAAAAUCUCCACUGCCACUCAGGAUUUAUCAGAGCUGUUGGCGGUGGUGCGUCUUCCCUUCAUCCACCCGUCCUACCUGCUCAACGUGGUCGAUAACGAGGAGCUGAUCAAAUCGUCCGAGGCGUGUCGGGAUCUGGUCAACGAGGCCAAGCGCUAUCACAUGCUGCCCCACGCCCGGCAGGAGAUGCAGACGCCCAGGACUCGGCCCAGGCUAUCUGCUGGUGUAGCGGAGGAGAUAGUUCUGGUGGGAGGGCGUCAGACGAUGGGGAUGAACCAGCGCUCCCUGACAGCAGUCACCUGUUUCAACCCUCAGAACAGUAAGUGGUACCUGCUGGCCAGGCUGCCCUUCUACAGGGACAACAUCUACUGGUCAGAUGAGCUAAGUGAAUGUGGCACAGAGAGCGGUGUGAUGGUGGCUGAUGUCUGGUGCUACAUGUCCCUGCUGGAUAACUGGAGUCUGGUGUCUCGGAUGACGGUGGCUCGCUGCAAACACAACAGCCUGGUGUACGACGGAAAGCUCUACACCAUCGGAGGACUGGGAGUAUCAAGGAACCUGGACCAUGUGGAGAGAUCAGCCAGCUUCAGCCAGGGCUCCUCACCUUCCAACACUUUGACUCCUUACUCCCGCACAGCAAUCAACAGUAACAGGACCGAGUGGGCUCAUCUGGUCUCCACUCUCCUCACCAAUGAUUGA